GAGUACAUGAGUACAAGAGGAAACCUGUCUAAGUCCUCUUUGACUCCGUGGCAGAAUUUACAAUGGCAGGUGGCAAGAAAUUGACGAAAGAGGAGGAGCUUUUGCUCCAAGAUUUCAGCCGAAAUGUCACCACCAAAUCCUCGGCCUUGUUCUAUGGGAAUGCUUUCAUCGUAUCAGCCCUCCCAAUAUGGGUAUUUUGGCGCAUCCAUCAGAUGGAUCUCGUCCAGUCAGCUAUUCUGUUUGGCGUCAUGACCAUUGUCAGCACUUGGCUGGUGGCCUUUGCCUACAAAAACGUCAAGUUUGUACUCAAGCACAAGGUUGCCCAAAAACGGGAGGACGCUGUGUCCAAGGAAGUCAUGAGACAGCUGACUGAUGCCGACAACAAGAAGAUCUCUCGCAAGGAGAAAGAUGAAAGGAUCCUGUGGAAGAAGAACGAGGUCGCCGACUACGAGGCCACGACCUUUGCCAUCUUCUACAACAACGCCCUCUAUCUGCUCUUGGUCCUGUUCUUGUCGUUCUUCAUUCUCAGGUCGUUUGACCCAUCUGUCAACUACAUUGUGUCCAUUGGCAUCGCUGGGGGUCUGCUAGCUCUCGUCUCAACAGGAACUCAGUGACCUUUGACCUUAAGCGCAGUGACCCUUGAACCCCAUCAUGACCUACAAGUAGUAGUAGAGAAUAGUUGUACAAAACUAAUUACAAUCAACUUAAGAUUUGGACGUGUGUUUUGUUUGGAUUUUGGAAUCAUCUCAAAUGUAAUUUUAUGACUUAAUUACAUUUAUGACAACAGUGUUGGGUAAGUUUUGUGCCCAUAUUUCUCUACAUUGUUGAUUUGCAGCCGUAAUCCGAAAGUGUAGCAUUCUAUGUGCACAUCAAUGAAGAGAUAUUUUAAACACAUUCCACGCAUUGUGUAUUGAAAAGGGCAUGCUUUAAGACAUGUUCUUAUUGGUAAAAGAGACUCGACAUUGUAAAACACCUUGCUCAAGAACACAAGCAGGCUAAAGUGCUUUGGCAUGAUCCGCAGAAUAACCACCACAUUUUAAGGGCUGGUGAUUUUGACCAUUGAGUAACUUUCUAUGUAACACAUCAGUGAUGUUCCAUGCAUUAUGUAUUGAAAAGGGCAUGCUUUAAGACAUGUGCUCUUUGGUAAAAGAGACUCAUCAUUGUAAAACACCUUGCUCAAGAACACAAUCAGGCUAAAAUGCUUUGGCAAGAUCCACAGAAUAACCACCACAUUUUAAGGGCCGGUGAUUUUGACCGCGGAGUAACUUUCUUGGAGGACGGUUUUGUCAUAAUAUUCUAACAGAUUUCAGACUUACAGGUUAUUUCAGUUAAUUAUGUUCUCCUCAAGAUGAGAGGGGCAUCUGGUUUUUUUUAACAAGGGAACAUUGCUCAUUAACUUUCGAAUAAAACAAGAGACAGACUCUGGAAAAUA